UUUUUGUGUGAGGUUACACACACGUUUUUCCCCACGCUUUCUGAGGCAUCGUGCAGUAAGACUGCUUGAACAAUAUACGGAUGCAUUCCAUUCAUCUUGUCAUCACCCUCCUGUUCCUCUUUCUCUCCAGCGCCCAUGCAGGGAAAGUCUUAAUAUUCCCAGUCGAUGGCAGUCACUGGAUUAAUAUGAAAGUCAUUGUUGAAGAACUGCUAUCAAGAGGCCACAAUGUUACAGUUGUGCGAUCUUCGGAUAGCUGGUACAUCAAAGAGUCACCCCUCUACACUUCAAUUACCAUUGACACCGGAGGUGGAUUUGAUGAGGAUUUUUCUAAACAUUUUGUGUCAAAUCUAAUUGAGAUUCAGCGAGGAGGAAAGUCUUCCUGGGCUCGUUUUAUGCUGGAACUGAAAACCAUGGAAGAAAUCACUGAAAUGCAUGUAACUGUAUGCAGAAUGCUCACCCACAUGUUUGAGAACAAAGAACUGAUGCAAUCUCUACGAGAUGAAAAGUAUGACUUAGUUUUGACAGACCCUGCUAUGGGGGGUGGAGUCUUUCUUGCCCACUACCUUAGUUUACCCCUUGUUUACAAUGUGAGGUGGCUCUGCCAGGGUGACGGUCAUUUUGCUAUUGCUCCUUCACCACUCUCCUAUGUUCCAUUACCAGGAUUAGAGUUAACAGACAGAAUGAGCUUUCUUCAGAGGGUUUGGAAUGUUCUAAGUUACAGCAUGUCGUACUUGGUGGUCGCAGUUUAUAUAGGCCCACACUAUUCAGCAUUAGCCCACCGCUUUUUUGGUCCUGAUGUUGAUUAUUUCACAUUAUUUCAAGCUGCAGACUUGUGGCUCAUGAGACUUGACUUUGUAUUUGAUUUCCCUCGUCCCACCAUGCCUAAUGUUAUCUACAUGGGAGGGUUCCAGUGUAAACCUGCUAAGCCCCUUCCUCAAGACCUGGAAGAGUUUGUUCAGAAUUCGGGAGAGCACGGAGUCAUUAUAAUGUCUCUGGGGACCUUAGUAGGAGAACUUCCCCAGGAUAUUGCUGAUGAAAUAGCUGCUGCUUUUGCCCAACUUCCCCAGAAAGUGAUCUGGAGGCACACUGGAGAGAGCCCAGCUACUCUGGGAAACAAUACCUUACUAGUGGACUGGAUGCCACAGAAUGAUCUUCUAGGACAUCCAAAGACCAGAGUGUUUAUAGCUCACGGAGGAACAAAUGGAGUUCAAGAGGCCAUGUACCAUGGAGUUCCAAUACUAGGACUUCCCCUGAUGUUCGAUCAACCUGAUAAUCUUUCAAAAAUGUCAGUAAGAGGAGCAGCAAAGGUGGUUGACAUUUUCACAAUGGACAGACACAUCUUCCUCCGGGGCCUUCAGGACAUUAUUCAUGAUCCUUCCUACAGAAUGAACAUGCAGAGACUCUCCAAGCUGCACAGGGACCAGCCAAUGGAACCUUUGGACCUUGCCAUUUUCUGGAUUGAGUUUGUCAUGAGACACAAAGGUGCGGCUCACCUUCGUACAGAGUCCUACAGAAUGCCCUGGUUCUCCUACCACUCUGUUGAUGUUGUUGUGUUUUUGCUCACUGCUUUCAUAAUAAGUCUGUUGAUUUUAGCUGCCCUGAUCAGGUGUUGCUUUAGAAUGUGUUUCAAGCAAAAAUAUAAAAAUGAGUAACCUUGAAUUGCCUUUGGAGCGGUUGUUUCAGAGAAAGUAAUGUUAUAUAUUACUUCACGUUAACCUUCUUGUACUCUUUAUGUGGCAAAUGUCUUCAUAUGCUUCCAUAAUUAAGUAUUUUAACAAAGUUCAAUUAUUUUACUUUAAAUAUUCUCCCAGAAAUGUCAAUAGAAAUGAUAGCUUAGUUUUAGUGAACAAACAUCUUCAUAAAAAAAAUACUUAAUAUCUUACAU